AAAAAAUAUUGCAAAUACACAACAAGAAUUUUUCAUCGUCGUCGUAUUUGUUGCCUUUUAACCUUUUCAUCAUCAUAUUAAAAAGAGAAUGAACAAUAGACAGCAAGCAGCAUCAACAACAUCAUCCAAUACAUCAUCAAGCUUGGUCGAUAAUUUAAAUAAUUACCUCAAGAAUGUUCGUAAAGCAAAGGGUUUGAAGGAACCUCGUAAAUAUGAAGAUUAUAACAAGGAAGCCAAAGAAUUAUUUGUAUCGGAUGUUGGAGAAGGAUUCACUGUUCAAUUAAACAAGAAUAUUAAUCAUUCAGCUCAACAUGAGUUUUCCAUGGGACACAGUAUUUUCGUUGGAGGUAACGGAAUGAGAGCUCCUGAUUAUAACACAACACUUUCAUUUUCCAAUAAGAAGACACAAUUUUUCUCCCAAAUUGGUUUCCCACACUUUCUUCACUAUGUGUCGUUGAGACAUAAAUUCUUCAAGGAAAUGCUUUACAGUGAAAUUACUUAUGUGAGUGCUAAUAAUGCUCUCUACAUCAAGGGUGAUUUUACCGACAAGGAUUAUAUUAUUGAUGCUCAAUAUGAUCUUGAAAAGGGUAAAAUACAAGUUUCCUACAUGCAAAGUGUUUUACCAUUCCUUCAACUUGGUUGUUCUGGUUUCUUUAGAACCACUGAUAGAGUUAGUGGAUUGGGUUAUUGUUGUCGUUAUCAACCUUCAAAGCAAACUGUUAUUACUGGUGAAGCUAAGGUGACUGGUGCUCUCUCUCAAAUUAACACCUAUAACUUGAAGGCUUCUUACUUCCAACAAGUUGCUAUUGAUACUUACUUGUGCACAGAAGCUACUUAUGAUAUUUCCGAACGUGCUCUUAACUUUGUUUAUGGUUUCCAACAAAAUUUCCAAACUGCUAAGCUCCGUGUUACUGCCAAUCAACAAUUCGUCAUUGCUGCCAGUUUCGAUGUUGCUCCAUCCAUGGCAACAAAUAUUAACACUACAAUUGAAGCUAAUCCAGCUAAAUCUGAAUUCAAAUUCGGUGUCACUGUCAACAUGGCCUAAAUAAAAUUCAAUCUAAACAAUUU